AUGAGUACUUUUCUCUCCAAGCAGGGGAAACUAUUUUUCUUAAGCAAUGCCAUCCAUUUGCAACUAAAACCAAGACCGGUUCAAGCUUCAAUAUUAGGUCAUCUUUGCACCCUAAGAGCGAGAACAAUACCUUUUGGUGGACAAUCCAAAUUCUUUUCGCAGACUUCGAGAAUUGAAUCCAGCUGGAGAGAUCUCUUCAAUGGUGCGGGAAAUUCGCGAUAUGCAAGACUGAACAGAUUUCAACAGUUUCAAAACGGUGGCAACAGAUACAACAACGGCAAUUCAUUCGGGAACAACAGUCUGCGAAAUGUGACAGUUGCCGGCGUUUUGUUCAUGGGUGCAUUUUUCGUUGGGGCUCCGUAUCUAUUCCAGCACGUUCCACCAUUCACAUAUUUUAGGACACACCCUACACAUUUGGUAUACGGUCUUUUGGGCUUAAACUGUGGUGUAUUUGCGCUCUGGCACGUUCCUAGAUAUUGGCGGUUUCUGCAAAGGUACAUGCUUCUUGAAAAAGAUAGUAUUUACAGCAAAUGGUCGCUAAUUGGCAGUGCAUUUUCGCAUCAAGAAUUUUGGCAUCUGGGUAUGAAUAUGCUUGCACUGUGGUCUUUUGGAACAAAUCUUGCGACAAUGAUUGGACCUGGUAAUUUUACUUCACUUUAUAUCAACAGUGCUAUAUUUGGUUCUCUGUUUUCGCUUUGGUACCCACGCAUCGCCAGAAUUUCAAUGAUGGCCCCAAGUCUGGGAGCCAGUGGAGCGCUUUUCGGUGUUUUUGGGUGUUUUUCAUACCUCAUUCCCCAAGCUAAGAUAAUGUUGUUUGUUUUCCCUAUACCUGGUGGUGCAUGGAUUGCAUUUUUGGGCUCUAUGGUAUGGAACGCGGCGGGAUGUGCUCUCAGAUGGGGUUCAUUUGAUUACGCAGCUCAUUUGGGAGGUUCCGUGGCUGGUAUCAUAUAUGGGUAUUUGAUCUCUGAAAGGAUUAAGAAAGAAAAUCAGCGCCGGAUGAGGAGACUUUCAGCAUUUUAA